AUGGCGUCGGCCGGCCACCAAGAGGAUGCGGGGCCGGACGGUGAGCGCUGUGCCUCUUCAGCUGUUGCCUCCGAGUCGGAUACUGACUACAGCUGGGGCUGGCUCGACUCUGACUCUGGUGACCCAGUUGUCGCAGCUCUAUCGAGCAGAGAAGCGCGGAACGAAACUGGCGUAACUACCUCUAUCGAUGCGCAGCGGGCGCAUCCGUCGGCAGAUGAACAGGUCAAACUGCUGCAAAUUGCAGGCAACGGUGUCCAGCCACAUACGAACCAAGGAGACUGCUCAGCUCCGGGGGGGGGGGAAGAACGGUUCGAUAACGCCGAGCCCAACUUGUGCCAGGAGCAGCAAGACGUGGUCGAUCUGAUUCCCAGGCUCGGCAGGAUGUGGUAA